CGCUCUAAAUCACACAUUCCCUCACAAAACCACAUACCGUUAAGACCUCAGUCAAACACAUUAAUAAUCUACAAUGGGUUUGAGUUCAACUUUUGUGAGUGCCGUGUUGGUUGUGGCACUGGUGGCACCCUUGACCCCACGAUGCUACGGGUUUGGGUUAAAGGACCUCUUUUUACCCGCCAUCACGGACCAAGUUAAAGAUUUAUGGAGAAACGGAGACGUUGAUCUGGUCGACCACUCGUGCUCAUACAGUGUCAAGCCGGAUAUACAGGGUAUCGAGCUCUAUUUCAUCGGAUCGGUCACGUGCCCGGGCUGGACGACCAUCAGGGGAGAGUCCAACACCCGCAGCAAAUCCGGGGUUUUGAAUGCCGCAAUCAAAGACUUUAUUCAGAAAGCUCUUAAAGCAGGACUGGUCACCGAAGAGGAAGCAAAACCAUAUCUCGUAUAAUGUGAUAGAGAUAGGGAGAAUGGAGUGGGUGGGAGGGAGUCCUUUUCUUUAGAUAUCUUGGUGUGUCUGUUAUGCCUAAUUGAUUCAUAUAUCCAUGACUUGUUGUUAUUUCUGAACUGCUACUGUGAUCUCCAUGCAAAUUUGAUGUAUUUUAUAAACUUUCGAGAAAAUAAAGUGAAUCAUAUAUGUUUUGAA